UAUUCGAUGGCGUUAUUUAUGGUUCUACUUCUUUGUUUUUGCUUAGCAUGUAGCAAUAUUGAUGCAAGAACUGAAAUUCUGUUAACUAAGAAACAUGAUUUUUCUUAUUCAGAUAACAAGAUGGUGGAUGUUGAUUUUGAUUGUGUUGAUAUCUACAAGCAACCUUCACUACAACAUCCUUUAUUAAAAAAUCACAAAAUUCAGCUUUACCCGACAUUUUCCAGAAACGUUGUGCCAACAAAUUCAUCUUAUGAUGGUAAAACCUUUGAAGAAUGUCCAACGGGAAAAGUUCCUUUUUACAAUACAACAAAAAAACAUCAGAUAGAAGCUUUUCAGCCAAAUUCUCCUAACUAUCAUGUAAGUGGACUAUCACAAUCAUCAUGUCAUGCUAUGUAA